AUGUCGCAACAAGGAAUUUCCAAAGUGGUCGGCCAAGCGCUGCGGGAGACUGGCACCAGAUUGCGACAAUUGGGUGCCGAUGAGAUCUUCACACGGCAUCGUCCUCGGAUGUUUUUCAAUGGCAAGAUGCCUUGGAAAACGAAUGAUACUUUUAUCGCUCCCAACGCGUCAGUGAUUGGCGAUGUUACCAAUUGGGAUCGAUCCAGUGUUUGGUACGACGCUGUGGUGCGAGCAGAUUCCACCUAUCCCAUUGAAAUUGGCUACUGCAGCAGUAUCGGUGAAGGAUCGGUCGUCUCCACCUUGCCUGCCGGUCAAACACUCAAGACGGGCUUUGCUCCAGAAACCUUUAUUGGCCACUACGUGACGGUUGGCGCUGGAUGUGUCCUCAAAUCGUGCCGUAUUGACGAUCUAGUAGAGAUCGGAGACAAAUGCACCAUUAUGGAAGGUGCAAUUGUGGAAAACAAUACCAAAUUGGAACCUGGCACUGUGGUUCCUGCCUAUGGACGCAUCCCCAAGGGACAACUCUGGGGAGGCAAUCCUGCCAAGUACGUGCGAGAAUUGACCGAGUCCGAAACCGAUAUCAACCGGUACAAGAACAAUUGCAAGGCGAUCCAUGCCGUGGCUUACGAUCACAUGGUGGAAUUCUUGCCCGUUGGCAGCACCUACAUGCAAUUGGAGGAACUGGAAGAGGAAGCUGCAGCUGCCGAGGCCAAGAAAGCAGCCUAA